AUGCUGAGCUCAGUGUGCGUUUGGUCGUUCCCCGGGCGCCAGGGGGCCGAGGAGCAGCAGCCGCCACCGGCACCAACGCCGCAGCCGCCCGAGUCUCCGCCGCCGCCGCUGCAGAAGCAGUGCGCGCAACUCGGCCCCGCCGCGUCCCCGGCGGGUACCCCGCUUUCCUGCGGGCCCGGGGGCCGGCGCGCCGAGCCAUGCCCCGGGCUGCCGGCGGUGGCCAUGGGGCGGCACGGCGGCGGCGGCGGCGACAGCGGUAAGAUCGUGAUCAACGUGGGCGGCGUGCGCCAUGAGACGUACCGCUCCACGUUGCGCACCCUGCCGGGGACCCGGCUGGCCGGGCUGACUGAGCCCGAGGCGGCCGCGCGCUUCGACUACGAUCCGGGUACGGACGAGUUCUUCUUCGACCGCCACCCGGGCGUCUUCGCCUACGUGCUCAACUACUACCGCACCGGCAAGCUGCACUGCCCGGCCGACGUGUGCGGUCCGCUCUUUGAGGAGGAGCUAGGCUUCUGGGGCAUCGACGAGACGGACGUGGAGGCCUGCUGCUGGAUGACCUACCGCCAGCAUCGCGACGCAGAGGAGGCACUCGACUCCUUCGAGGCCCCCGACUCCUCCGGCGCAGCCAACUCCGCCAACGCCGGAGGUGCCCACGAUGCAGGCCUGGACGACGAGGCGGGCGCCGGAGGCGGAGGGCUGGACGGAGCAGGCGGCGAGCUCAAGCGUCUGUGCUUCCAAGAUGCGGGCGGAGGCGCCGGGGGACCUGCCGGGGGCGCGGGCGGCGCGGGCGGCACGUGGUGGCGGCGCUGGCAGCCCCGCGUGUGGGCGCUUUUCGAGGACCCCUACUCGUCGCGGGCCGCCAGGUAUGUGGCCUUUGCCUCCCUGUUUUUCAUCCUCAUCUCCAUCACCACCUUCUGCCUGGAGACACACGAGGGCUUCAUCCACAUUAGCAACAAGACGGUGACGCAGGCCUCCCCAAUCCCUGGGGCUCCCCCAGAGAACAUCACCAAUGUGGAGGUGGAGACAGAACCCUUCUUGACCUACGUGGAAGGCGUGUGUGUGGUCUGGUUCACCUUUGAGUUUCUCAUGCGAGUCACCUUCUGCCCGGAUAAGGUGGAGUUCCUCAAGAGCAGUCUGAACAUCAUCGACUGUGUGGCCAUCUUGCCCUUCUACUUGGAGGUGGGUCUCUCAGGCCUCAGCUCCAAAGCUGCCAAGGACGUGCUGGGCUUCCUACGCGUCGUCCGCUUUGUUCGCAUCCUGCGGAUCUUCAAGCUGACCCGCCACUUUGUAGGCCUGCGUGUGCUGGGCCACACACUCCGGGCCAGCACCAACGAGUUCUUGUUACUCAUUAUCUUCCUGGCUCUGGGGGUCCUCAUCUUUGCCACCAUGAUCUACUAUGCUGAGCGAAUUGGUGCCGACCCUGAUGACAUCCUGGGCUCCAACCACACCUACUUCAAGAACAUCCCCAUCGGCUUCUGGUGGGCUGUGGUCACCAUGACCACCCUGGGCUAUGGAGACAUGUAUCCUAAGACAUGGUCUGGGAUGCUGGUUGGGGCGCUGUGUGCCCUGGCUGGUGUGCUGACCAUUGCCAUGCCUGUGCCCGUCAUUGUCAACAACUUCGGCAUGUACUAUUCACUGGCUAUGGCCAAGCAGAAAUUGCCAAAGAAGAAAAACAAACACAUCCCCAGGCCUCCACAGCCUGGCUCACCCAACUACUGCAAGCCUGACCCCCCGCCUCCACCCCCACCACACCCCCACCACGGCAGCGGUGGCAUCAGCCCACCACCGCCCAUCACCCCUCCUUCCAUGGGGGUGACUGUGGCUGGGGCCUACCCACCUGGACCCCACACACACCCUGGGCUGCUCAGGGGUGGUGCUGGGGGACUGGGCAUCAUGGGAUUGCCUCCUCUGCCAGCCCCUGGUGAGCCUUGCCCACUGGCUCAAGAAGAGGUGAUUGAAACCAACAGAGCAGGCAGUGACUUGGGUGUCCUGGAGGAAGGAGUAGACCCCCGCCCCAAUGGGGACCCUGCAGCAGCUGCAUUGGCCCAUGAGGACUGCCCCGCUAUCGACCAGCCAGCCAUGUCUCCAGAAGACAAGAGCCCGAUCACUCCCGGAAGCCGGGGUCGCUACAGCCGGGACCGAGCCUGCUUCCUUGUCACUGACUACGCCCCUUCCCCUGAUGGCUCCAUCCGAAAAGCCACUGGUGCUCCCCCACUGCCCCCCCCAUACUGGCGUAAGCCAGGCCCCCCAAGCUUCUUGGCCGACCUCAACGCCAACGCAGCGGCCUGGAUAUCCCCCUAGUGGACGAGCCCCCUUCCCCCUAGGGUAAGUAGUUCCCCACCAUGGCCCCUCCUGACUCUCUCCUUCCGUACCUCCGACUAACCUCUCUGAGAACAUGCUCUCCCACUGACCGAGACCCUCACCCAUGGUGGACAGCUGCACCCAGUUCCUGACACUGACCCCACUGUCACCCCAGGACUUGCCUAGUCCUCACUAACACUCCAGAACUAACCCAGCCCCAACUUCCACCUCUGACCUGCUCACCCCCAUCCCCCACCCCACUGCUGACCCUACCUUCACCUGUCUGCAUCCCUCUCUGGGUAUUUUCUAUCCAGUCACUAACAUGGAUUGUGUGCCUGGACACUCUUAAGUGCAGGAUGUGAGUGAGCCAGGCGAGUUCUCCCCGAUUCUGAGCUGGGUUCACCCUGAGCAGACUUAGUCUCUGAGGGCCAAAUAGAGAACAGAUAUAGACCUAGCAGAGGAGAGACAGGGACAUAAGAACUAGGAAAGCGGGCCAAGCUAGCGGCCAGGAGAUGGAUGAAGAGAGCAGCUCACGAGGCUGGAAGGAAGCUAGAUGAUCAUCUCGGGACCAGAGGAUGGGGACCUAGCUGGAGCCAGGUCUGUGGAGAUGAAAGGGUGAAGAGUCGGAGGCCAGUGGCCAGUCAAGAGGGACAGGAAAGCCAAGCGUGGUGGUCCACAUCUGUAAUCACAGCACAGGAUGCUGGGCCAGGGCCAUUGUGAGACUGAAGCUAGCUAGCUAGGGCUACAAAACAAGACCCUGCCCCCACCCCAAAUUUCUUGUUGUUUUAGCUGCUACACUUUGGGACACAGCAGAGGUAGCUGUUACAUUGCCCCACCAUGAGGAGGAAAGGACUUUUCUGGCAGGCUCAGGUUCUCUCUGAGCCAC